AUGUUGUCUCGCCUCUCAUCGCGCGCCUUCGGCACAACUGCGGCCGCCAAUCGAACCUCCUCAAUCUACCAAGACAAACGCGAAGUCGCCUUCCCAAUCCAAGGAAAAUCCCCGAAAGUCGUCUCAUUAGCCGAAGCUGUUCGUGACAUCAAAACCGGCGACAAUGUUUUCGUACACGGCAUCGCCGCCACACCAACACCAUUGUUGCAAAGUUUGUCGGAGCACGCGGUUGCCAACAACUUGAAGGGAAUUAAAUUGCACCAUUUGCAUUUGGAAGGAGCUACACCGUGGACAGCCGAAGGUGUUCGAGAUCGAAUUCGAUCCAACUCGUUGUUCACUGGACACAAUUUGAGAGCUGCUGUUAAUAAUGGUAAUUUUAUAGUCUGGAAAUUUUGAAAUUCUUACAAAAGUUGCAAGUUUCACGGAAUUUUCAGCCGGUUAUAAUUAAAAACCAGGUUUUAUCGGAAUACAUCUUAAAUUGAACAAUUUCAGUGAAAAAUUGAAACUUGCCCGGCAACGCAAAAAUAAUCACGUUCUAAAAUAAAAGUUUAUAACUCGAAAAAAUCAGUUUUUUCUUAAAAAGUCAUAAAAAUGCUCCGUUAGUCCAACUCAGAGAUUCGCUGGCCAGCUCGCCACCAGAUCGCUGCGGCCACCUGGAAACCGCAUGGCCGCCAGGUCGCCUCGAGUUUUCCGGCGACGUGGCCUGUGUGUUUGAAAUUCUGGAAAGCUGGCAAGACAGUGGUUUGUACUCAAAACACUGCAUUUUCUACUGUUUUUUUCACUUCCUAAGGUUUCUAGUGCUGCGAAAAAACAGAAAAUGAGCCAAUUUCUUCGAAAAUGCCUCAAUUCACAAGUUUUUCAGACAUUUUCAUGAAAAUUCAUUUUGACGUGGCGAAGUGGCCACCACAUGGUAGCCAUGUGGCCGUGACCUAGCCAGGGCUUGGCCACCUUGCCAGCGAAAAAAAUCGGGCGACAUGGUUUCCAUGUGGUUCCCAGGUCAGCCAGCCUCCCCACCUGGUGGCGAGCUGGCCAGCGAAUCUCUGAGAAGAAAAAUAUUAAAGUCUCAAAAACAACUUUUCUCGAGCUCGCGGAGCAUUUUUAUGACUUUUUAAAGACAAAACUAGUAUAUUCAAGUGAUAAACUUUUAUUUUAAAACAUGAUUAUUUCUGGGUUGCCGGGAAGUUUCAACUUUUCACUUAAAAUGUCGAUGUAUUUCGAUCGGAAGCCUAGUUUUCAAUUAUAACCGGCCGAAAAUUCCGUGAAACUUGCAACUUUUGUAAGAAUCCGGAAUUUUCAGCCUGUUAUGAUUUGAAACUAGGUUUCUGAUCGAUAUUUUUGAUCAGAAAUCUGGUUUAAAAUUACGAAUUUCAACAAAGUUAGCAAGUUUAACCUAAAAAAUUCCCCAUUUUUCCAGGAAUCGCCGAUUUCAACUCAUGCUUCUUGUACGAAGUGCCACUUCUCUUCCGCAAAGGAGCCAUCAAACUCAACGCCGCUUUGAUUCAAGUCUCAACACCAGACAGCAAAGGAUAUUGCUCAUUGGGAACAUCUGUGGAUACAGCUCGCGCUGCUGUUACUAAUGCUGAUUUGAUUAUUGGUAAGGGGGUUUACCUUUAUGAAACAUAUCGAAAUAUACUAAAUCGACCAUGCUGAUCAGGAUUCCGAAGUCAAAAAUUGCCACAAAUGCCUGUGAGCACUUUUCUGGAGCUCCAAAGUUAGUUCGUCCAUUUUCACCAUGUUCCUGGGUGAAAAAUCAACUCUUAUAAAUUGGAUAAGGUUGCCUACAACAUUCGAAAACCUGUUGGUUUUUUUUGAUAAACUAAAAAGCUUAUAGGUUUUAGAAUCUGGUGAACAACCUUAUCCAAGUUAUAAAAGUUGAUUUUUCACCCAGGAACAUGGUGAAAAUGGACGAACUAACUUUGGAGCUCCAGAAAAGUGCUCACAAACGUUUGUGGCAAUUUUUGACUUCGGAAACGUGAUCAGCAUGGUUGAUUUGAUAUAUUUCGAUAUGUUUCAUCAAAAUUUCCUAACCUCAUCCCUAGGGAAUUUUCGAGUUUCCCCAAUUUCCAGCUGAUUUUGAAUAAAUUUUCCAGCCAUGGUCAACAAAAACAUGCCAAGAACCUUCGGAGACGGAAUCAUCCACGAAUCUCACUUUGAUUAUUUGGUCAACGAAGCCGACGGUUUCGAACUUCAUCAACGAAACAUCGGACCACAAAACGAUCAAGAAAAGAAGAUUGGAAAAAUCAUUGCCGACAAUUUGGUCGACAAUGGUGCCACCCUUCAAAUGGGAAUUGGCGCUGUUCCAGAUGCCGCACUCUCAGCCUUGGGUGGCCACAAAGAUCUCGGAAUUCACACUGAAAUGUUCUCUGAUGGAGUGUUGGAUUUGAUUGAGAAAAAUGCAAUUACCAACGCGAAAAAAGCGAUUCAUCCCGGAAAAUUGGUUGUGUCGUUCGUCUACGGAUCUACUAAAUUGUACAAUUAUCUUCAUGAUAAUCCACUCAUCGAAUUCGGUGAUGUUAAUUGGGUUAAUGAUCCAGCGGUGGUUAGAAGAAAUCCAAAAGUCACUGCAAUCAAUUCGGCUGUUGAAAUUGAUUUGACUGGACAAGUUGUGUCGGAUUCGGUUGGUAAACGAUUCUUGUCUGGAUUUGGUGGACAAGUCGAUUUUAUCCGUGGUGCUGGAAUUGGAGAUGAUGGUUUGGGAAAACCGAUUAUUGCAUUGCCAUCCAUCUCAAAGAAGGGACAAUCCAAAAUUGUGCCAACUAUUAAUGAGGUGAGCAUUUUGUGUUUAAAAUUUCUUUGGAACCUUGUGAGAAGUAGUUUUUUUUUUCUCCAAAAUUCUAGAAAAAUUGAAAAUUCAUCGUCAGUUUUCCCUGUAAAUAUUGAAUUUGAUCAGAAAAAAUGGGAGGUUUUGAAUCGGGCCUGAUUUAGACCAAAUCUGUUUUUUUUUUCCGAAAAAAAAACUUUAUUUUUAGUGCAAUGAGGUGAAUUAUGCUAUGACGUGGAUUUUGUGUUAAAAAUUUUGGGAUCUUGUAAAAAUUUAUUUCCUGGAAUUUCUCGCAAUACUGAAAUUUGCAAAAAAUCAAUUUAUAUAAAAUUUUGCUGAAAAUGUCACCAAAAUUCCAGAAAAAUUGAAAAAUCAUAAGAAAAUCCCCAGUUUUCCCAGUUUUCGUUAAAUUUGGAAUUUUAUAAGAAAAAAUGGGAGUUUUUGAAUCAGCCCUGAUUUAGACCAAAUCUGAUUUUCUGAAUCAGAUCUCUUUUUCCUGAGCUUCGUGAAUUUUCUGAUCCAUAAAUUGAUUGUUUUGGUCCAUUUCAGAAUUUUAAAAGAGCCUGGUCUGAUUCAAAAAUCCCCAAAUAUUACAGAAAAUUUUCAAAAUUGAUUUAUUAAAUUUUUAAAAAUCUUGCUCCCCCCGAAAAUCUUCAAUCUACAAACUACUCUCUAGUCAAUCCUCCCCUCAACCUCAAAAUUUUCCAGGGAGCCGGUGUCGUCACCACCCGUGCUCACGUCCACUACGUCGUCACCGAAUACGGUAUCGCCCAAUUGUGGGGCAAAAACAUGCGUCAACGCGCCUACGAACUCAUCAAAAUUGCUCAUCCAUCGCAACGCGAAUCGCUCGACAAAGCCGCGUUCGAUCGAUUGAAAGUUAUGCCAUCGGCUGAUUAA